GCCCUCCAUUAAAGCAGCCUGAAUGAAGCUGUCCUGGACAGAGCGGCUCCUCUGCUGUGUGGAGAGGAGGAGGAGCUGCUCCCAGACAACUGUUGCUGCUGUUUGAUACUGAGACUCGAGCUCUACAUGAUUAGAAGCACAGAGAGACUCUUCUGCUGGAUGAAAGCCAACACUCCGCAAAGCUGAAAAACUUAUUUAGGCUUUCAGCCAGUGUGUCUGGGCUGAGACUGCCGCAGCGUGCGCGUGUCCGGGCUGAGGGAGGGGGUGGUGGAGGCAGCACACCAGGAUGGCAGAGCUCAGGAGGAGGUGAGAGGAGCAGACAGGAGGAGGAACUUCAGUCCUGGUGCACUUGGAGCGGAGCUGACAGUGAAAUGGAGCGAAGAUAAAUCAGUCAAGACAAGUCUUCAAGCUAUUUCCUCUGGUUUGGAGGAGCAGCUGAGAUGGAUGGAUGUGUCUGAUGGACAGAGCUACUGACAUGAAUUCAGAUGCUGGCGACAUGUGGAAGUGCUCGCCUUUAAGAAACAUCUGACACCAAGGUGAGCCUGUGAGGACGCAAAGAACCUUUCAGCGAAGAAGAGAAACCAUGAAGCUGUUAUGGUGUGGGGUCGAACCAAGAUACUUUUAACCCACCUGUAGAAGCCUCUACACCCCUAAACCCCAUGUCACAUCUUACCCUGAAUGAUGGAAGUUUUGUGGAAGAUGCUGACUUGGACACUGAGCCUGGUGGUGAUGGCUGCUUCUGAAUUUCAGAGUGUCUACCGACAUUCGCACAAAUCUCAAGAGGCGUUCCUGUCUUACCUGCAGCACUACCAGCUGACUGUUCCAGUGCGGGUGGAUGAGAACGGAGAUUUCGUGAGUUAUACUGUGAAGCACCAGCGGCUGGGCCGACGGAGGCGUGGGCUGACCGACCCCACGAUGGGACCGUCCUCAGAUCCUCCAGAAUCACAGCUGUUCUACAAACUGUCGGCUUACGGGAAGCACUUUCAUUUAAACUUGACUCUGAACCUUCACCUGGUGUCAAAACACUUCACAGUGGAGUACUGGGGCAAAGAGGGGCCUGAGUGGCAUCACAACAUGGUGGAUAGCUGUCACUAUGUGGGAUUCCUGCAAAAUCAGCGCAGCACCACCACAGUAGCACUGAGCAACUGCAAGGGUCUGCAUGGUGUUAUAACAACAGAGGAAGAACAGUAUUUAAUCGAGCCUUUAAAGAACGUAUCCCCCACCAGCUCCAGUGAAUGGAACCAGGAAGGAGCGCAGCAACAUGUUAUUUAUAAAACGUCUGCCAUUCCCUCACCACAGGACCAUGGCCAGGAGUUCAGCUGUGGCAUUUCAGACCUGGUUAAAAGCAACACACCGUGCCCGUUUAGCACCCCCUCCCCUGUCUACACCCCCCCUUCACCGCAGAACAACACACACAGACAGAGGCGCUCCGUCAGCUCCGAGCGCUUUGUGGAGACACUCGUGGUCGCAGAUAAAAUGAUGGUUGGCUACCAUGGUCGCAAAGAUAUUGAGCACUACAUCUUGUCUGUGAUGAACAUUCCAAACCUUGAAAUUAAUCAUCAUGCUGACAAGUCUCUGGACAGUUUCUGUAAGUGGCAGAAGUCCAUCCUGUCUCAUCACAGCAGUGGAAACAGUAUUCCAGAGAGUGGGAUGGCUCAUCAUGACAAUGCUGUCUUGAUCACCCGAUAUGACAUCUGCACCUACAAGAACAAACCCUGUGGAACGUUAGGCUUGGCCUCAGUAGCUGGUAUGUGCGAGCCAGAGAGAAGCUGCAGCAUUAAUGAAGACAUCGGCCUUGGCUCUGCUUUCACCAUCGCGCACGAAAUUGGCCACAAUUUUGGGAUGAACCACGAUGGGAUCGGGAAUUCCUGUGGCACCAAAGGACAUGAAACAGCCAAACUGAUGGCUGCUCACAUCACAGCCAACACCAACCCUUUCUCCUGGUCCGCGUGCAGUAAGGACUACAUCACCAGCUUUCUCGACUCAGGUCGGGGAACAUGUCUGGACAAUGAACCUCUGAAACGAGACUUUCUGUACCCAACGUUGGCCCCGGGGCAGCUGUAUAACGCUGAUGAACAGUGUCGCUUCCAGUAUGGAACCUCCUCACGGCAGUGCAAGUAUGGGGAAGUAUGUAGAGAGCUCUGGUGUCUUAGCAAAAGCAACCGCUGUGUAACCAACAGCAUCCCAGCAGCAGAGGGGACUUUGUGCCAGACUGGCAGCAUUGAGAAGGGGUGGUGCUACCAUGGGGAGUGUGUUGCAUUCGGCACCUGGCCUCAGAAUGUGGAUGGAGGUUGGGGGCUCUGGUCGAUGUGGGGGGAGUGCAGCAGGACCUGUGGGGGCGGAGUUUCUUCCUCCAUGAGGCGCUGUGACAGCCCAGCCCCAUCUGGAGGAGGCAAGUACUGUCUUGGGGAGAGAAAGCGAUACAGAUCCUGUAACACUGACGUGUGCCAUGUAGGAGCUCGAGAUUUUCGAGAGAAGCAGUGUGCAGAUUUUGACAGUUUACCUUUUCGUGGGAAGUACUAUAGCUGGAAGCCUUACACUGGUGGUGGUGUUAAGCCCUGUGCACUGAACUGCUUGGCAGAGGGUUAUAACUUUUACACAGAGCGCUCCCCCACUGUCAUUGAUGGGACCCGCUGUCAAGCUGACUCCCUGGACAUCUGUAUCAAUGGAGAGUGUAAGGUGGGCUGUGACAACAUUCUGGGCUCUGAUGCUAAAGAAGAUCGAUGUCGUGUGUGUGGAGGAGACGGCAGCACCUGUGAGGCUACAGAAGGACUCUUUAAUGAAUCUCUGCCCCAAGGAGGAUACAUGGAAGUGGCUCGCAUACCAAAAGGAUCGGUUUACAUUGACAUCAGAGAAGUUGCAGUGUCAAAAAAUUACAUAGCUUUAAAAUCUGAAGAGGAUGAUUAUCAUAUUAAUGGAGCUUGGACCAUCGACUGGCCUCGGAAGUUUGACAUCGCAGGGACUUCCUUCCACUACAGGAGACCCUCUGAUGACCCUGAAUCAUUACAGGCUCUGGGACCGACCACUGAAAACCUGAUUGUCAUGUGCUUUACACAGAGGCACACAUGCACAGACAGAUCUCAUUACAUCUGGCACACAACUCUGCUGCUGGAUGUGUCCCAUCAGAGUCAAAACACAUCCAGUCUUGGUUGGUUCCCAGAGGCAGGAGGUGGUCUGUAAGAGACUUGAGGACAAUCUGGUGGUGCAGAACAGCUACUGUGAUCCUGACAGCAAACCCCCAGAAAACCUGAGAGACUGCAACACUGAGCCGUGUCCUCCAGAGUGGUUUAUUGGUGACUGGUCAGAGUGCGGAAAGACAUGUGAUGGUGGAAUGAGGAAGAGGACAGUCUUGUGUAUCAGAAAGAUUGGCCUUGCUGAAGAGGAGACACUAAAAGACACCUAUUGUUUGACUCACCGUCCUAUUGAAAGAGAGUCCUGCAACAACCAGUCUUGUCCACCAAAGUGGGUCACUUUGGAAUGGUCUGAGUGCACACCUAAAUGUGGCCCAGGCUUCAAGCACCGAAUUGCUUUGUGUAAAAGCAGUGACCUGACUAAAACCUUCCCACCCUCACACUGCCCGAGCCCCAACAAACCUCUUGUCCGAAUCCGCUGCAGUCUGGGACGGUGUCCUCCUCCUCGAUGGAUUCCUGGUGACUGGGGACAGUGUUCGGCUCAGUGUGGCCUGGGACAGCAGAUGAGGACAGUGACAUGUCUGUCCUACACUGGACAGCAGUCAAAUGAGUGUGCAGAAUCCCUCCGGCCUUCCACCAUGCAGCAGUGUGAGAGCAAGUGUGAUGCCACUCCAGUCUCCAGUGGUGAUGAAUGCAAAGAUGUAAACAAAGUGGCUUACUGUCCGCUGGUUUUGAAGUUCAAGUUCUGUAGCCGAGCGUACUUCAGACAAAUGUGCUGCAAGACCUGCCAGGGCCACUGAACGAGACGAGCAGGACGUGGCAAAGAGACGGAUACAAAGACAACAAAGAUGGAGGGAUAAGGCACUGAGUGAGUGAGAACAAAAAACUGAGGCAGUGCGACCAAACAGCCCAGUGUUUGAGUAGUGGAAAGCAAAGACAGAAAGAACAAAACUUCCUGUUCUGCAUUCUGGUGGAAUCCUAACCACUGCUAAGCCUUGAACGCUGACACAAAAUUUUAUUUUUUUUGUUUUAUUUUCACUUCUGUGAAGUGGAACUUGGGAGAUUAUUUUUUGACAAUGUUAUUUUUAUUAUUAUAAUAAUAAUUAUAGACAACAUUGUUAGUCUUCCUUUGUGUGUGUUCCAUUUUAAAUCCAAAGGGCUGGAUGCAUCGCUCACAGAACAUAUUGCCAAUAAAAAGGACAGGAAUCAAACACAUCUGUCUCUUAUCUUUGGGACGUCUCUGACAGUGCAAUUGUCCAGCUGACAUGUGACAUUAUUGCACUUUUUUUGAAAAACUUUUUGCCAAUUUAUUGCUAAAAUAUAGCAGAGAGAUAACCUCAGAGUACUGUAAAAUAACUGUACAACUCCAGAGUGAAAUAUUGUCCACUGAUGUUUUUUUGUCAAGUACUAGUUUACUGUCAUGGAAGGAAUGUGCUGUGAUUGAAUUCACGUUCAACGACUAUGCUGGAAUGAAAUUAUACUAACGCCCUGAUGUGUUCGACCCCAGUUUACUGUAAGUCUUUUAUAAAUGAUGCUCCUCCAACACCAGAAAACAACACAAGAAGAAUCUUUUUCCCCUCCCCCAUAUGGGUGUCUGAGUUCCUCACAUUUAAGUCACAUUCAGACUGUGUCAGUCAUUGUUUAUUCAUUUAUUCAGACAUGUUCAGAAAAAAACUUUCUGACUCAGUUCAGCUUUUCUGUAUGGUACCACUUUACAAUAAGGCUCCCCUUAUAGAU